UCUCCCAAAAUACCCUCCCUAUAACCCCACUGGUACCCACUCCCAUAAUGCCCUCGCCCCCCCACCAAGCCCCACUCCCAUAAUGCACUUCCCCAUCUUACACAGGCUUCACUCCCAUAAUGCCCUCCUCUUCCUCCCCCCACAGGCUUCACUCCCAUAAUGCCCUGGAAUUUCCUUCAAGCCCCACUCCCAUAUUGCCCUUCCCCUCUCCCUUCCGCCAGGCUCCUCUCCCACCCAGGCACCUCUCCCACAGUGCCCUCCCUCUCCCCCUCCAGCACCACUCCCAUAAAGCCCUCCCCUCCCCAAGACCCCCCACUCACACAUCACCCCUGCCCUCCCAUCCCCCAGUGAAUCACUGCGGCAUCCUGGCGUUCGUUUCUCUGUCUGUUCAUUCCUUACAGUAACAUUUCCCUCUUGUCGUUUUGUACAAGCGCCGCCUGUCGCCCCACAACAGUGUGGCGCCAGCACGCUGGGGAGGGAGAGGCGGGCGGGGAGGAGCCUUGCGCCUUACUGUCUUGUCCCCACACACCAGUUCACCAGCAGCAGCAGGGAGUUCACCACUUGCUGCAGCCCAUCAGCGGCCUUGCAGCCUGGCCUCUCCAAGUAAUGGCCGCGGCGACACGUGGCUUCACUUCCUGUCGCUCGCUGAGGAGCUUCUAAAAUGCCCCGUAGACACACACACACACACACACACACACGACAGUCAUGGAGAGAGUCUUGCCGUGCCCGCUGCUGCUCCUGCUGCUCCUGGCGCUAAGUCCUGGAGGCGCACCAAGCCCCACCCUGGCCCAGGACUGCAGUGCUGCCGACACAGUAGUGAAGAAAGGACAACCACAAGUCAUCAACACCACACAAGUCACCUGGGACGGUGCAGGAUAUGGCGGUCAUCUUACUUUGUUUGUGAAGCCUGAGAGUGACUUUGAGGGCGUCAGUCUUUAUGCGGAGACACGUGGCAGGACUCUCCACACUGCCUGGUUCCCUGCCGAGGAAUGUUUCCCGCGCGACGGCACGUGGCUGCAAUUCAGGGCGAUGAUUUCGGCAACCUGGACGAGUCUUAAGUUUCGGUUCAGGUCUCCUGCAUGCUGGAAGGAGUGCGAGACCAACACUGUCCUGGCAAUGCCCACGACCCUCAGUGUGGUGGCUCACGGCCCUUCCAGGUGGUUGACCGGACACCCACCUGAAAACUGUCGGUUCCAGAUGUUAGGUGAAUUACAACGCGACAAAAUGGAAAGGUGCAUGCACCCUCCAUCCACCACCACCACCAGAACCGCCGUCACAACCACCACCACCACCUUCACCUCCACCACCACCUCCAACACCAAAGCCAACACCUCGACCUGCGGGACGCUCUCUGCUCCUAAGCUGACACUUUACAAGAUAAUAAUCACAGCGGCGUCAGCAGCAACAGUGGUGGUGGUGGUGGUGGUGGCGGUGUUGUGUUACAAGCAAAAAGCUGUCACAUCAGCGCACCACGCACAGCCGCACUCUUCCAGUCCCCCAAUGAGCACGUCAUAGAAAACGACAUCUACGCACCAUUUGACGGUCACCCUAAGGACCUGCCUGACGGGGAACGCACGCACGGUCAAGAGAGAGAGAGAGAGAGAGAGAGAGAGAGAGAGAGAGAGAGAGAGAGAGAGA